AUCUGUGUUAGGAGGGCCUAGUUCUAUUUCCAGUGCCCAUACUAGAGGAGAUGUGGCCGUUCAGGAGCCAGGACCAACUGAAACAGACUGUGCUGCAGCUCAUAUCACACAACCUGUCCUCCAAUGACAUUCUUAAUGAGCUUUCCUGCAUAAAGAAAGAUGAGACGUUUGACAGUUCUUUGAUUGCCCCUCUAGGGUUCAGCUAUGCAGCACAUGUUACCAAGGUGACCUCUCAGCAACAGUUUGGCUGCCAGGCAGCAGACAGAUAUAUUGAGAAAAUUGUGCAGUUGGUGAACAAGGAAACACCUGAAACAGAGAAAGAGCUUGUCAACACUGUCAGUUUGGUACAUCAGCUGAUUUUGAAUGGUUACCUCACUGAAUCUGGUUUCCAUGACAACCUGUGUCGCCAUAUGGACCUGCCCCUCUCUUUGCUGUGGAUCUUGCACAAGGAGGGAGUGGUUGCCAUAGAAACACAUUUCUGCAAGAUGAUGAACAGACAAGGCUUUGGUGAUGAAUUCUGUAGAAAAGUUGUGCAAGCCUGCAUCAAGAAUGAUACAACAAAUGUUGUCAUAGCAACAGAAGUUGUUAUAGGAAUCCUGAGCGAGUGUGUGGAGCUGGGCUAUGCUGAGGAAGCCUCCCUUCAGUCCCCUGCCAGGGACCUGGCUGCCAGUAUCCUCCAGUCUGUUGUUCUAGGUCUUGUAGACGAAGCCAUGAAAUCUCCCAAACACAGUGCAGGAUCCGUGGUGCUGUUUGAUCAAUCCAAGGUUGGACCAGCUGCUCUGAAAAAAGCCUCAUCAUCACUGAUUGUUGCAAUACUGAGCCACAAACCUGUACACAAAGUGUCACAAGCUAUAAGGGAUCAGCACAACUGGGCCUAUGGGCAGAUGCCUGCAGCAUUGAUACAUCUUUAUAAACAGCUGAUGAUUCCAUUUGGGAUUGAAGAAGUACUUCAUAUUCUCCGACAAGUACUUGAUGAACAGGAAGUCAGCUGGCAGUUGUUGUUGUCACUUGUAUCAGUGGUGGUUGUCUGCUACCAGAACUCUACUCAGCACAUCCUAGAUAUGACAGAUGCCCUGGUACAGGAAGGCCUGGAGGGCUGUGACAUGGAGAGUACCAUCACAGGGUUCCUACUGGCCAGGCAGGCCUGCCUACACGGACCCCACGUGUUCAUGGCAUACCCGGAGUGGUUCCAGAGAUCAUUUUCUGAAGGUGCAAACUGCCCAGUGAAAACCAGGAAAAGUUUUACGUUCUUGAUGAAGUUCUUGACUGAUCUCAUGCCACAUGAGUCUGCUCAGCACAUCAAGGUUCACAUCGCUAGGCCCCCGUUUGUUCCCCCGAAGUGUAGGGAUAUCUUGGCUGACUACAUACUGCUGGCAAAAACCAGGCUCCAGGACCUCAAGGAGAUAUUAGAUGAUAACAGCAAAGAUGGUGGGGUGACUAAUGGCAAUACAAAGUCUGGUGACAGUGCUCAGCAAGAAGAGGUGGACAAUGCUGUUACCGUAUUUGCCAGCUCAGGGAAGCUGCCAACAUCCAUAAUUGAAGCCAGCAUAUUCAGGAAGCCAUACUACAUUGGACAGUUCCUACCUCAGCUGCUAAAACCAAGGCCUCUACCGAACUUCCCUGACCCCAGAAUGAAGCUGAUAACUGCUUUGAAAAAUGCUGGAAAGAUCCCUCUGUCCAUGUUCACCAACUAUGAGAGGGAAUGCCAGAGAGAGUCAGCUCAGUUGUUAGAAGGUGUGUUUCUGGACUCGGACUCUGAUGGGGAGAUGGAAACCUCUGACCUUGACCUUCUUCUGUCCAGUCUACAUCAGCUUGUUGCUAUGGCUACAAGAUGUGGCCUUGACCCUGCUCAAAAGGUCAAAUAUACAGAAACAGAGUUGGUAACCCUUAUAUGUGAAAGGAUUGAAGCCUGCUUUUCAUUGAAACCUUGGCCUGGACUUGAGCCUAUUCCAGUUAUAAUGAUAGAACGUCACACAAUCAACCUCCCAGAAACCCAGUUGAAGGUAAUAAAUUCCAUCCUGAACACGAUUGCAGAAUGUCUUCAUGCAGAGAAGGGCUUAUUUCAUUCAGUAACAUGGUUGCCACGGUUUCUGUUGGCCUUGACCCAAUAUCCUGUAGUCAUGAAAACACUGUGCCAUAGAAUCUGGACUUUAUGCUGCUGGCAGCUGAGGGAAGAUUAUCAAGACGUGCAUGUUAAAUGCCUGGCAGGAAUCUUGGUUGAGAUGGAGUUGCUAGGAAACAGGGUGCCCAAAGUGUUUACUUACACGUCUAAAACUGAGCAGUGCCAGUUUCCCACCUUCAUUUUGCAGCAUUUACCAAUAAGAACCAGUUGGGAAAUGGAGUUUUCUUUGAGAAUUCUGAUGUCCUGCCUACAGUAUGUGAUAUUAACAAGUUCGAGCACACGAUCAGUGAAUCCUUCACCCAUUGUUAUUAAGAAGUUUAUGUACCUGGCAACCAGACUUCAUACUGACUUGCGCUUCAGCAGCUCGGAUAAAUUGGUAGCCAUGGCAACCGACAGUGACGUCGAGGCCAUCUUCACUUCAGAGUUCUACCAGAAUUUAUUGGCAACUGAACAGCUGAGUUUCCAGGAGUGGGUGGGGUAUGAACUGGACGUGGACCCCAACUAUGAUGCCUUGGAUGAAAUGGAAAGAUACAACUACCACAUGUGGGUGGUACACACACAUUUCAUGGGACCUUGUGUAGCUGAGAAGAACACGUACAGAUCUAUGGCCUCAAUUGUGAUUCAGGAACUAGUUCAAAAUAAAACAAGGACACAAGACACCUUUGAAAAAAGCUGUCCAAGAUGUGACAACAGUUCACAGAAUACUUCCUCAAGCAAUAAGGUCCAUAUGAUGUCCAUUUUACAGAAUCUUACACAGAUGUUCACUAUUGGUGACUCCUCAAAUCAUAAAGAUGAGUUGCCAUGGUUACAGAAAGAACUCCUGGGACUUGUGAAAAGAUGCUCUGACAGUGACUCGACAUGUGCAAUAGUUCAUGUGUUUAUCAGAGUGUGUCUGUGUUUGCCUGCUUACCUGUUCUUCAGUGAUCUGCCAGGCAGUCUCACGGAGCAGUGCACAAGUCUGCAGUCCACACUGGACAAUAUCAACACCAUUGUGAUUCCUUACCUGAGUGAGGGAUUGCUCCUGCCUGCUGGAAUAGUGGCCUUUCUUAUACAGGGCUUCGCUAUGACCAAAGAUGCUGUAAAUCCAUCAUCUGCUUUGGACCAGUUAUGUGAUAGAUGUCCUGCUCUCCUGCCUUCCAUUUUGGCAAACCAUGAGAUGAUUCGUCCAUUACUUUGUCCCAGAGAGCUCAAUACAAAAAUCAGCCAACUGAUGAAAGCUGUCAGGAAUAAGUCAUUUUCUGAUGUAGGAGACCCCAUGCUUGCAGCUGUGGGUAUGUUCAGUGGUAUCUACAACAACACAUCUUGCAACUUUGAAUGGCUGAAAACCUGUUUGAUAUAUAAUUCAUCUCAGAAAACGCAUCUUCUUGUGAAAUUACUCAUAAUGCAGUUGACAUUUGAGCAAAGUGUUAACAAAAAGAGACAGCGCGUGACACAAAACCUGGAGUCAGCCAUGAAGUGUGUGCUGGACAGCAUUGGCCCUGGUCUCCUUGGUAACCUGUUGUCAUGGGAUACAGGGGACAUGGCAUUUACCUUGCCACAUAGUAUUUCAAAGACAAUGCUUAAAUGUGCCAUACUGAGGUGCCUUGCAGAGAAUUCUGACAGAGUAAAACCUCACUUUGUAGGCGAUAUGCGGAUUCUGGCUUCACUGCUGAAAGAGUAUGCCAUUUUUAGAAAUGUUAUCAUGGCUGAAGGCAACCUUCAGACUGACAUGAAUCCACUGACUGAAGUCACCCAGUUUGUUUUGAAAGUCCUGGAAGUGAUACCAAAGGAACAUCUGACAGGAAUAAGUCAGGAACUGAUCCUAGACUGUGGCCCUGCGGUGGUAGAAGCUGUAAUGCAACAACUAACCAGCUGAUGCGCAGUUACCACAGCUGCAACAGACAAGCUCAUGUGCAUUUACAGUAGAGAUUGUGCAUUAAUCACACACCUGGUGUAAACUUUCGCACACUGCUAUAAUAUUCAUACUCACACGUAUUUGCUUCUUCAGAAGAACUGUUUGAAAAGAUCAUUGUCAAAUUAUAUUUUUAAUAACCUGAUAUUAUGUUUCUUAAACACUUGUAUUUUAUUCUGUUUUGAAUAAAUCUUUAUAUUUUG